GGCGCUGAGUAUGCGAUUCAUAGGUGGGUGGCCUUCGUCUGGUUUUUCUCUUUUAUAUCGUCUGUCUGCCGUUUACCGGUAAACGGAAGAAGAUGGGUGCUCGAGUGUCACGGACUGAUUUUGAAUGGGUUUAUACAGACGAACCUCAUGCAACUAGAAGGAAAGAAAUCUUAAAAAAAUACCCUGAAAUCAAGAAUCUAAUGGGUUACGAUACAAGAUUCAAAUUUAUAGUCCUCGGAAUGGUUUUAACUCAGUUUUUCAUGUUUUGGUUACUAAAGAAUGCUUCAACCGUAACGAUUUUUAUAUUAGCUUAUUGUUUUGGCGGUGUCAUCAAUCACUCGCUUAUGUUGGCUAUUCACGAAAUUGCUCAUAAUCUAGCUUUUGGUCAUUCACGCCCUAUGUUAAACAGAAUAUUUGGAAUCUUCAGUAAUUUGCCCAUUGGUGUGCCAAUGUCCAUUGCAUUUAAAAAAUACCAUCUGGAGCAUCAUCGUUAUCAGGGAGAUGACAUAUUGGACACAGAUAUUCCUUCAAGAUUAGAAGCAAAAUUAUUUUGUAAUACAUUCACAAAAUUCUUCUGGGUCAUCCUACAACCAUUCUUUUAUGCAUUUAGACCUUUCUUUGUUUCUCCAAAACCUCUCACCCUAUUGGAAGUUAUAAAUACAAUCAUUCAGAUUGCAUUUGAUGUUGUAAUUUAUUAUCUUUGUGGGCCAAAAAUAUUAUUUAUCUAUAUGAUUGGUGGAUCUCUGAUGGCAAUGGGAUUGCAUCCCGUAGCAGGGCACUUCAUUUCUGAGCACUACAUGUUUAAGAAAGGAUACGAAACUUAUUCAUAUUAUGGACCACUGAAUUUUAUAACAUUCAAUGUGGGAUAUCAUAUGGAACAUCAUGAUUUUCCAAGUGUGCCAGGUUCUCGUCUUCCAGAGGUUAAACGGAUUGCUGCCGAAUACUACGACGACCUGCCCCAGCACAAUUCCUGGGUUAAAGUACUGUAUGAUUUUAUCACUGAUCCUGACAUAGGUCCAUAUGCACGAAUAAAAAGAAAGCACAAAGGAUUAGACCACUGAUGCUUUAUUCCAUGUGUAAUCUUGAAACUAUUCAGAUGUUGGUGCAAUGUAUAAUUGCCUCCAAUUUUGACUAUUAAUAAUACUUUGUGCUCCUUUCUUUUUCACCCAACAUGCCAAAUUAUUUCAAACUUUCAUUUUGGCAUAAAUCAUACUCGUUCAUAACACUGAGUGGGUUUAUACAAAGUUUUAUUUUUGAUACAAUUUGGAGAAACCAAAAUUGCAACUAAAAUAUAAUACAUUUGAAGCAUAAUUUUCCAAAAUUAUUGGGCAUUGACCCUAAAUAUAUUGCUCAAGAAAAAAACAAUGUGUAUCAAAAUUACCAUUAUAUCAGUAUUUCCAAUGAAAUUAAUCAAAUACAGGAUAAGAAAGCAAUCAAGUUUUGAUACUAGUUGAUGCCAAUUUCUUAUGUGAUAUUAAAUUCUCUCUUAGUGCAGUGUGAGAAUGACUAACGAAAAGGAGCUCAGAUAAUUAACUAACAGUCAAAAUGAAAUUUGAUCCAUUAUGUAUGAAAGUAUUUAUUUCCAAAAAAUUAUAAAUAAAACUCUUUCCUCCUAAAUUGAUACUAAAAUUUAAAAAUUUUCUCUCUCAAUACCUGAAAUGAUUUCAUUAUUUUGAAAAGCUAAUAUGAAGACAUAUCACUAAUUUUCAAAGUAUUUUCUUUACUAAUAAUUUUGUAUGAUUUCAGUUCAGUAUACAUAAAAAUGAACUUUUAACUCAUUUUCCUAUACAUAUUUUACAUUAACAAAUGAAAUGUUUCUUGUUUUUGUGGUAUUUAUUUUUCUACACACAUCCUAGUAUAUUGUUUCUGACAAGAAAGAAAGAAUUAGAUAUAUGCCAGUUUUUCAUGUUAGAAAAAAAAAACAUCAUCUGUUAGAUUAUGUAAAACUCUUGUAAAGAAUUUAAUGAAAACCUUUGAUCUGUGUCAAAAAAGAUCAGACCAACUGGGUGCAUAUCUUAAUUACUUCAAAGUAACCUUAACGAUUAACUAAUUAUUAUUAUUAAGGAUUGGUAAUUUCUACUAUUUGAAUGUUUAAAAAUGAAUUUUUCAUGAACAUGAUUUGAAUUUCUUUAUCACAUUUGUGAUGUCGAAGAAAUUUUAAUAAGACUUGCAAUUUAAAUUUCUUGUAUUUUCACUUUCUUCAAAAGAUUUCAAUGAUGGUGGUAACUAUUAUUAUUUUUUUCCUGUAUGUUUUCCUUGUAUUUUUGUCCUAUUUGAGGGUAAAAAUAAAAGACAAUUCAGUCUGUAAGUACUAUCACAUACAUGAUCUGCUACUUAAAAGCAUAUCAUUGUUAAAUAUGCUUUUAAUUUCCUAAUGAAGUUACUGUUAAAUUUACAUUAUUGUUAAAACAGAAUACAUUAUGGAAGUUUUUUAAUUGAUGAAACAUAAAUUAAAAUAAAAACCAAUUCAUCCUUUUAUUUAAAAAAUAAACUUUAAUCUAUAUUUACUUGCUUUGCCUUUCUAAAUAUUAAGUAAAAAAUUUUAUAUUGCUUUUAAAAACUUUAUUAACUUUGAAAGUAAGAGUUGAUUUUUAAUAUUACAUCUCAUCUGACAAUACCAAAAAUAUUUCAUUUAUUAUUUAUUUUUAGUGUUUCUUUACUUUGAUUCUAUUGGAAUAUCUUUUUGAAUGAUUCUUUCAUCUCAGAUCCGUGAACUCUCAUGUUCCUGUUUUUGAGCAAGGUAAAUUUUUAAUUUCCUUUUUAAUUAUGUUGUUUUUUAAUGUAUAAUUGUUUUAUCUAGAUUCAUUUGUUUUUCUUAUUUGCAAAAUUUAGACAAAUGUUAGCAUUACUAUAAUAUAUUUACCAAAACAAAACUUUAAGUCAAUUUCAGUUGUUACAAAAUUGUAGACUGAUAUAUUUGUCAUUUCUCUAAUAAUGAGAGAACAUCACUUUCAUUUCUUUGAAAACAGAUUUAUUUCAAUAUAAAUAUUCUUAUAGAGACAUGAAAUAACUUUAAAAUACAUUAUAAAAUUUCAAGCAUGAUUUUAGUGUUGAUCGGAUUUGAGUGAAUGUUCAAUUGGUGUGCUAAUAUUGCAAUAAAUCUGAUUUCUUCUUUAAAUGUACAUAAUUUAAUUCAAUAAUGAAAUUACAAAUUGAUAUAUUUCUAAGUUAUAUAGUUCAAAUGGCAAAUUUCUCUAAAGGUUACAUGAAAUAAUUUUUUACAGAAUAUUGAAAUGUUUUGUUUCAUACUGUUGUUAGCCUUGUUAACUUUUAUACAAUAUAAAUUAUCAUGCUUCAAUUUCCUAUCUUAGUCUGAAUAUGUGAAGCAUAAUUUCUUUUUCCAAAAAAAAAAAAAAAUCUAAGCUAGAUGGAUUUGUAAAGCAAAUGCAUUGUCUAUUAUCUGUAGUAGUCAAAGCAAUAAUUGUCAGUUAAAUUUUGUCAUUGUCUCGGAAAAUAAGUAAACUUCUUUUUACAGACUGCAGCAGUAAAUUGAAGUGAUUAUUGAAAGUGGGUGUACCCACAAAUUCUGAAUUGCUUUAAUUAUGAACUUUAGAAGCUGCAAUUAUUUGUAACCGAACAAAUAAUAAUAUUAAUUAUUGAAGUCUACCGGUAAUUUGAAUUGUGCAAAUGUGGUUCUUUGCAAAAAGUGUAAACUGGCAGGCCAUGAUGUACUUUUAACUUUAGUUUGUCAUGUGUAAUCUUAGCAUUAAGUUCACAAUCAUUAUCUGUUGUCCAAUUUGGUUGGAGAAAAUAAAAUUUUUUUGUAAAUGUG